CUCAGUGUCAACACAGUUGACACGCCGGGUUACCAAACUCCAAUGUGCUCCAGCUUGCAAACUCCUUUGUGAAAUACAGCGUAUUAGUACGGGUUUCCGGCAUUACAGGCACGGUCAGAGGCCUGCUUUCUCAAACGCCGAUCACGACGCGUCGGACAACCGCUCCUUCGAUUUCACACGAGAACACGAUCGUUCUGGCAUCCAGCGAUGGGCAUCUGGUCUAUUGGAGCCCUAAGGAUGGAUGCUGAUGAGUCUGCGCGGCCUAAGGGCGACCGUUGCGAAGCAGAACAACUGUCCACUGUCCAUAUCAUAUGCCUUUGCAUCCCACGAGCCUGCCCCGCCAUGUGGUUGCUAGUGCAUCAUCGCCACACAUCGAUUGUUUACGCAGGGCAUACAUCAGAGGUCUAUAUUGAGUCGAGGAUGGUCACAUUUGGUACAGUCAACACAAAACCCAGAGCGUUGGGCGAAGCCCUCAGAGGUCAACUUCGCAGUGAAUAGCUGUCAUCACCUGCGCCGUUCUCGCCGCUCUGGGAUGCUAUGAAAUGGGUAGGCAUGUACCACCUCCGGAGUUCGAUGAUGAUUCACGAGUUGUGUUGCUGUGAUGGAAUUGUCACGCUUUGUUUUCUGCUGCGGGCAGCAGACUCUCGUGUGCCCUCUAUUCUCCACCUCUGCAUGCUUCUUUCUCUCUGGCUUUUAGCCCCUAUCAAUGAACGGAUGCUCGACAAUUGGCGUAAGAUGGAGUCCUCAUCAUCGAGGGACCAGCUUCGAUCAACGAUUGGUUCUCACAGCUUCAGCCAAACCCUUAUCUUCAUGUUUACAACAUCAGAUGCAGCAUCCUAAUGGCAGCACAGUGGUUGAGUGGUGAAGUAUCAUCCGAUGGCUGACAUAUGGUUAUUAGCACGUCCAAAUUGCGUUGCCUGUUUUAGACGUCAAAGAUAAGUUUUUGCUUUUCCCCUCAUUUUUCUUUUGUAUGCUUAUCUUUCCGGUUUCUAAUCCUUGAUUGGAUCUUUGGAGGUGCAGCCGUCAGUUCCGAGGCUGCCGGGACGGCUCUUCCCAGAACCGUGGGGCCGGAAUGGGAGGGAAAACUCGACUUGAGGCUUACCUGGACCAAAAAUCCGCAUGAAUUCUUACUGCUUUUUGUUCACAAAGCCUGGACAUCCUGCAUGGGAUGCCCUUGUUUCAAGGCAAGCCGCAUGGUUUGUUCUCGAGUUGUUCCUCAAGCAUGUCAUCCAAAGAAAUUCCCAAAGUGCAUGAGAGUAAACACCCGAUAGGCGCUGGCUUUUGGGCGUAUCAAGACUCGUAUGAUUCCAAGGGACUUUGAAUCAUGAAGGACGCCAACCAACGCCACCACUUGCCUGCCUCGGGUGGAUCCGCUGCUAGGUCUUAUACUCUUCCACUGCACACCUCCAAGGAUAUCCAUUCUGGCCGCAUGGAAGACCCCCGCUCUUGUCGCGUGCCCGAAAUACUUACGCGGACCGUACAGGGCGACUUCUGCGUGGUAUGAGGUCAAGUAGCAGGCGCCAACUGCACGUGACUUGACCGCAAAUAAGAUUUCCCUCAGAGUUUAGAUGAAGAAACACUGGGGUCUUCUUGUUUAUGUGGAAUUGAUGCACAUCCAAUGAAAUGCUACAGUGGGUCAUCCAUAUUGUUUGUGCACUUCUGGGGAAAGUGCCUCACAUUUCCUUUUUCGGCAAUUUUCAGGUUACGCCUCUCUCGUCCGCUAGGUGGCCAUGCCUCAAUCAAACUCUGCUCGAGAAAAUGGCCGAACAGGGACAUGUGUCUAUGGUGAUUCGAAAUGUGUAUCUCCCAGAUUUGCAUUUUGGUGGGGGUUUCACGCCACCAGAUCGCCGAUAGAUCUUAUGGGAAGAAGUCCGUGAGAACUUUCUUGUUUUUUCUCAUUUAUAAGGAGUGGAAGCAGCUGUGACUUCCGGAAACAAAGGUUCCAAAUCCAAGAGCCAAUUUCUUAGUAUCUACUUUCUGUCACUCUUUUCAAGAUGUCGUACAGUCAUGUUGGGGCACCUACGGUGUUCAAUGGCACACUUCCAAAUGGCGGCGACUCAACUACAACAAACCUGAAUCAAUGGUAUCAAAGCGGAGACCAAGCUUAUAUCAUCAUGUGCUCGUGCAUGGUCCUCGUGAUGAUUCCCGGCAUCGGCUUCCUAUACUCUGGUCUGGCCCGUCGGAAGUCUGCACUUUCCAUGAUCUGGGCUGCACUGGGAUCGUUCUCUGUCGUGACUAUCCAGUGGUAUUUCUGGGGUUACUCGUUAGCAUUCUCGACGAGUGGAACAUCUGGAUUUAUUGGAGACUUGGGACACUUGGGACUGAUGAAGACGCUCGGUAACCCAUCACCUGGAAGUCCUCUGAUCCCGGAGCUUCUCUAUGCUUUCUAUCAGAUGAUGUUCGCUGCCACUACGGGAGCCAUCGUGACCGGAGCUAUCGCUGAACGUGGUCGUCUCAUUCCAAUGAUGGUGUUUAUUUUCUGCUGGGCUACGCUCGUAUACUGCCCUAUUGCCUAUUGGGUCUGGAAUCCGAGUGGAUGGGCGUUCAAAUAUGGGGUUAUGGACUAUGCUGGAGGCGGACCUGUCGAGAUCUGUUCAGGAGCAUCAGCCUUUGCGUACAGUAUGAUGCUAGGCAAAAGACAGCAGAAGAUGAUGCUGAACUUCCGCCCACAUAACGUGUCGCUGGUUACACUAGGAACGAUCCUGCUGUGGUUCGGCUGGCUUGGAUUCAAUGGAGGGAGUGCCUUCGGCGCAAAUCUCAGGGCUGUCAUGGCGUGCUGGAACUCUUGCUUAACUGCUAUGAUGGCUGCCAUCACUUGGUGCGUGCUUGACUUCAGGCUGGCAAAGAAAUGGUCGAUGGUUGGUUGGUGCUCAGGAGUUAUAUCCGGCCUCGUCGCUGCAACUCCAGCGUCGGGUUUCAUCCCGCCAUGGGCAUCCAUCAUCCUCGGCAUCACGGUCGGUAUCGUGUCCAACUUCGCAACAAAGAUAAAAUACUGGUGCCACAUUGACGACAGCAUGGACAACCUUGCAGAGCAUGGGAUUGCUGGAAUGGUUGGACUUCUAUUCAAUGGUAUCUUCGCGACGGACUACAUAAUCGGUUUGGACGGCGUGUCGACAGGUCUCAUCAACGGCGGAGGACUGAACAACAACUGGAAACAAGUCUACAUUCAGCUCGCAUACAUCGUAGCCUGUACAACUUACUGCUUCGCGACGUCUGCUAUGAUCGCGCUCAUCAUCAAUCUUGUGCCUGGUCUGCAGCUACGAGCCAGCGAAGAAGCAGAGUUACUCGGCAUGGAUGAUGACCAGAUGGGAGAAUUCGCCUACGACUAUGUCGAGGUUAGGAGAGACUAUCUAGCAUGGGCUCCGGCAAGCGAAGACUCGCGCGUGAUUAUCGGCAUUGAUGGAGACUCAAAGAUGACUAACGACUCGUUGAGGCUGAGACAGGCUCCAAGCUUCCCUGCACCAUAUUUUUCGGGGCUAGGGACACCAAUUCAAGAGAACGAGUCCGAAAAGGCGCGAUGAGGAUUCAAUUAUGCUGAUAAAUCUUAUAAGAUAUGAUAAAUUUUGUUAGGAAUUCUGGGCCGGGUAACAGCGUAUAUUUCCAUAGUCAAGAGACUUGAUUUUAUAUAUGUUUCAUAGUGAGGUGGAUAUCUAGAGUCGGGAGUGCUGAUGAAUUGAAGCUGUACAGCUUAGACGAGCAUUGGUCAUACUCAGUUGUUUCUGUAUU